AUGGUUCGCGUGUCGACUCUGAUGGGCGGCCUUGUGCUGGCCAUGACCACCUAUGGCAGUCCGCUGCCUCAAAGCGAAGAUCUUGCACCAGCACCAGCAGAAUCUUCUGCCAUUGAAUCAUUUACGCUCACAGAUUUCCCAACACCACCUGAAGAGACUGCUACCGAUGUGUCCACCACACAGACAGACUCCGCAAUCCUGCCUGAAGAGACUGCCGAUGUGUCAAUCACACUAACAGGACCACCCGCUGCAGAGACUUCUGUUGAUGCCCUUACACUUGCAGACUCCCUGCAGGAGACAAGCACUCAACCUGAUACUCCUGAGGUACAGGAGGGUAUUCCGUCGGACCUACCCUUCGACCUCGCGAUGGCAAAUUCCGAGGCAGCUGCAAUGGAAGCUGCUUGCGAUCUCGAUCCUCGAGAACCCAAGACAUGGGCCGAUAGCGGUGCAGAGCUGCGACUCCUCGAUUAUUUCCAGGCUAACGGCUCUGACACAUGGGUCAAUGGUCUCACCAGAUCGGUCACUAAUCGCAACGAAGGCCUCGCUUGUGGCCAAAGGAACUCGGCUUUAUGCCCCCUCGCACCGGUACCAGAGGACUGUGACAGACAAAGUUUCUAUAUCGCACGCUUUCUAGCCGCGAGUGUCAAGUCAACUUUCGAUGUGGUCGGCGAGACUCUUCAGGAUCUUGGCAUCACUGGCGCUCUUAAUAUGAAGCAAAUCGUCCAGGAUUUCAAACUCCCUGACAUCCCGGAAGGACAAGAUCUUGGAAAGACUCUUAACAAUGUGGCUUUCGGUGUUGGUGUCGCUGAGCAGGCAGUUGGGUUGAUUCCAGGAGGUGAAGUUGUGUCCAGCUUCCUGGCCUUGGUGGGCAUCGGCCUCAAUGCUGCUUCGGAGAAUAUGGAAGAUGAGGAACCCAUAGUUCCCGACUACGAUGAGAUCGAAGCGGGAAUGAACAAAUAUUUGGCCACAUUCUUCACCAAGACAAGGGACGAGUUGGACCGAAUGUUGGAGGCACUAUUUGGCGAAGUCAACGGCAAAGGAAGUGACGAUGCAUUACUGCGCCAAAUGAUCGAACGCAUGGGCAGGUUGGGUGUUCGCGAGCUUAACAAGGACGCCGAAUUCCCCAUUGCUGAGAUUUUCAAGGGUGGUGAGUUUCUGGUCCCCAUCCAGAAGAGUGGCUUCAAACAGGCUUUCGACAAGGGUUUCAAGGGAAUGCAAGGAGCUCUCAUCGGCAACCUUCUCACAGGACUGCAGGUCUACGUCGAGCGUGCCGAAAAUGCACCAGAGUCUGGGCCCGGAGAGUGCACAGCGCUCGGUGAAUUGCUGAUCGACAACGAAUGCUACUCGAUCAAGCGAAAGCCCUUCGAUGGUGGAGCGGCCUUCCGCUUAGAGAACGAGUACCUGGAGAAACUCGGUAACUACGGUGUCGACAUCCACACUCUCAUCCGAAGCGCUAAAGACUGCGACAAUGGCGAAGCCAACAACGACUUCACCGGCACCGGCGAGUACGGCAGGUGCUGGUUCGGGCUCAACAUCGCGAAGCGUGUCAGCGACACGCUUGUCGACCGAUAUAAACCCGGCAGAGCCAAUGGUUUCCUAUGCCCGGCCAAGUUCCGAGGGCUCGACAAGAUUCCCUCCUACAUCAUUGACGAAAACGGCAACAGCUGCAACGGUAAAUGGAGGGAGGUGCCGAAUUACCAGCGCUGCGAGCUCAAGAUGUUCAACGACGGCAGCUUCAACCACUUCGGCCUCGCCCGCUACAGGAUGCGCAUCGAGGGCACCGGCAUCGACGUCGGUCAGAUUUGCCCGUAUCUCCAUGACGGCAGACGCUGCACUUUCGGCUCUGACCGGAGGUGCGUGCAGGAAGGCAAUGGCUAUCUCAUGGAAAUCAGCUUCGCACACGGCAGUGUAGGCAAUGACCAUUUCAACGACUGCCACAAUGAUCUCAUCAAGAAGUUCAAAGAGGAUAACUUCUGCUUCGACCUGAAAUGA